UUUUAAAUAUGAAAAUUAAGAAGAAGAAUGAAUUACAGAGAGUCACAGAGUUGGGGGAGCACAUAUUGAAAUCUUAAAAUACAAUGUUGGCUGCAAAAAUUGAUCAAUUGAAGAAGGAGAUUUAAAAUAUGAAAUCUGUAUACAACAACCCAAUAUAUCUAGUUUCUAGUUACCAGAAUAAGCAGAGAGAGAGCUAGUUUAAUCAGAAGAACUAAUUUAUUAUAAAAAACUGUGUAAUUAACUUUCUCGAAGAAUACGAAUCAUAAUGGCCUAUAAUGAGGAGGCAAUUCAAAAAAAAGUAGCUUAGGAAGAUAUCUAAGAAGAGAGAUUUGAAUGUCUUUGUGGUGCUAAUUAGAUUGAUUCUAUUAAAUAUUUACUUGUAAAUGGCCAUCAAUAAAUAUUAUAAUAAUAAUAAUAGUAGGAAAUACAACAACAAACAGAGGAAAGUAAUUAGUAAAAUUAAACUUAUCAAAAGUAAAAGUUACUAAAAUAAUUAGAGAUUAUAUAAAAAAAUUGAUUUAGGAAUCUUCAGAAUAGAAGGCUCAAUUAAUACAUUAGAUAGAAGAAUUAAAAUUAUAAUAAAAAUUACCAGAAGAAUAAUUCUUUUAAACUUAACUAUUUGCAGAACUAGUAUAAUAAAAUAAUUAUUUGACAACUACUUUAUUUAACAUAGAAGAAUAAUUGAUAUAAGUAAUUUAAUAAAUAAAAUUAGACUUAAUUGAUCAAUAAAGAUUAAUUGGAAAAAAAUCAAUAAUUGAUAUAAUAAUGCCAAUAAGAAAGUGAAUAAAAAAUAAAAGAUUUGUUUUCUUAAUAAGAUAUAUUAAAAAUAGAAAUAAAAUAGAAUGAUGAUUAGACAUAAAAUACUAUGAUUGAAGAAUUGAAGUCAUAAGUAGAAAAUUCAUCCAAAAUGAUAGAGGAUUUAAAAAUAGAAUUAUAAUAAUGUAGAGAAAGAAAUAAAGAAGCACAUAAUUAAUUAGUUGAAGUAUUAAAUCAGAAACAAUUAUUAUUGAAUCAAAAUAAUGAAUUAAAAUAAUAUAUAAGUGUUCAUAAAAUACUAUAAAAAGAUGAAAAGAUAGAAUAAGUGACUUUAAGAUAUGAGAAACAUAAACAAUUACUUUAUGAAAUUGAAUAAGAGUAUGCAAAUAAAAAAUCUAAUGAAUUUAUCUAAAGAUUUAGAGAAUUUGUAGGAUAUGUAAAGAUGAGAGAUGAGAAGGUUAAAGGAUUGGAAUAAUAAUUAGAUGGAAAGACAAACGAUUGUAAUAAUAUUAAGAAAGUAAAUUAAAUAAUUUAAUAAUAUUUUAGUAAAUAUAAUAAUUAAUAGAUGAAUUAGAUUAUAAUUCAAAUACAUUUAAUUCAAUUAAUGAAACAAAUAAGAAUCUAAAUAAACUUAUAAAUGAAACCUAAAAGAAUUUGAGUAGAGCGAUGCAAGAAAAAGUGGAUGAACGUAUGAAAUUUGAAACAGAAAGACAAGUAUGAUCAAUCAUUAAAAAAAUAGCAAUUUUAAUAUAAAAUACAAACUUCAGAUGAUACUAUUAAAUAAUUAUAAUCCUAGAAUGAAUAAUAAAAAAAAUUAAUUAAUCUAUUUGAAAAUGAAAGAACCAGUUAUAAAGAAACAAUUAGAAUGUUAUAAAAAUCUGAUGGUGAAAGUUAAUAAAAAUUGCUUUAAAAAGAAUGGGAUGUUAAUAAAAUAUUAGAAGAAAAUAAAAUUAUUUAAGAGAGAGAAAAAUUAAGUGAAUCAAUUAAUACUAAAUUUAUAAAAAAGGCAGAAAAAUCAAAGAGCAAAUUAAAAUAUUUGAAGCUUUAAAUGAAAUUGUAAUUUUGUUUAUUAAUUAUAAGAGAGUCUAAAGAUAAUGAUAAUGAAUUAUUAACAUCUUUAAAAAUGAUGGUUGAUUGCUAAUAAUGUAAAAAAAGAGUAAAAUAAGUUAUUUUAAUGAAAUGCUUACAUAUGUUUUGUAAACCUUGUAUAGAUGAUAACUAAAAAAAUCGAAAUAGAGCCUGUCCAGUGUGCAGAGCUAAAUAUGGAAUUGAAGAGGUAAAAGCGAUAAUAUUAAAUUGA